AACGUGUCAGGUUGCGAUUACAAGUAAACAAGCAUGGAUGCUGCAGUUCGACAUCUACGCGACGGUGCAUUACCGGACGCGGCGUCAUGCGCGACUUGCUGUGUCCUAGACCAUCUAGGUGUCCUUGGUGGCGCAAUGAUGCUUAAGCAUGCCCUACAAUCCUUCAUCAGUGCCAUGCGGCAAGGCCGCAGCCAAGCUAUGUGUGUACGGAUUGUGGAUUUGAACGGCUCCUUGGCGGACGUGGCACAGCUGACGGCGGCUCCCGCGCCCGCCGGCAAGCCAGCAGCCGAUGUGGAGGUGGUCGACAUGUACUCGGAUCCCUGGGGAUGGCGUCAGGACAUGGAGCAGAGUAGCGCAGAAACAACGUCUGCAUCCCCCUUAGCUGCAUCUCCCACCACCUCCAGCCCUCAACCCGGCCUGGAAGCUCUCAAAGCAGCGCUGCUAAAGCCUCCGCCGGCGUCACUGCUGUCGCAAACACGACAGAAUACUGCUCCAGAUGCCACCAGCAGCGGCUAUAGGGACGCGGACGGCGAGGACGAUGUCGGGUGUCGCGGCGCUUCGGCUUCCUCCCUUCCAGGGGGUGUUGGGUCGGCUGCCCCGGGCUGUCGGUCGGUGUGUGUGGUGGUGGGCUGCCUGAGCUCGCUAAUGGAGCGGUAUGGGGAGUGGCAGUGCCUAUCGCUGUUGGAGGCGGUUCAGCGCUCCCCGCUGGUGUCCUGCGUGCUGACGUCACUGCACACGGACAUGCACCCCGAGCGGGUUGUGGCCGGGUUGCGGCGGCAGUGCAGCUGCUGGCUGGAGCCGUCGCCGCUGUCGCCGCUGCAGACGGAGGUGGCGCAGCGCGCCCUGGCGGCCGGCAGCAGCGGAGGAGGGGAGGGCGCAUGCGGGGCGCUGGCGGGCCGGUUGGACUGCCGUGUGAAGCGGAGAACAGGUCGCGUCAAGGUGGACUCGGAGCUCUACUCCCUGCUGCUGCCCGUAGGACCCUGGGCACACCCGCAGCCCCCCGCUUGCCGCCCUCCGCCGCCCUGCCGGCUGGCCUUCUCCCCCGCGCCGCCCUUCCUGCUGGACCUGCCGGACCCCAAGGCACUCGUACAGCUGCAGCAGCGCCCGCCGCAUCACACCGCUGCGGCUGCUGCAGCGCCCGCAGCAGCAGCAGCAGCGCCGGCGGCAGCGGCCCCAGCGGGAGGGGCGCAGCAGGCGCCGGUGCCCGCUGUUGGGGCUGUUGGGGCGGCAGGGAGAGCGGCGGGCGGCAGUAACGGGGGUGGUGGAGGUGGAGGUCAGGCGGUUGGGUUGCUGGGCGGAGUGGCGAGCGCCGGGGAGCUGGCGCGUGCGGUGGGGAGCGGCAUGCGGCUGACGCUGACGGAGGAGGAGCGGCGCGCCAAGGAACAGGUGGUGCUGCCCUACCAGCACCAGGGCCGCCAGCGCGGCCCGGCGGCGGAGGCCUACGCGGCGGGCGACCACCGUGCCUACCUACCCCCCGCGGCGGGCGGGGUGGGGCCCGCGGCGGGGGGGCCGGGGCAGCGCGCGCUGGGCCACAUCCUGUACGUGCGCGACUCGGGCAGCGAGGCGGACUCGGACCAGGAGCUGGAUGAGGACCUGGAC